AUGAGCGCCAUCGAAGCCCUCCACAUCCACCGCCGCCUCCCCCCCACCCCCACCACGCCCCCCCUCCUCCUCCAUACCUGGCGCCGCCCCUCCACGCCCGCCAGCACGCUCCUAACACACUACCAGUCGCACCCCGCGCCGCGCCCGCCGCUCAUCUACCUCCCCAACACCACGCCGCCCACGCUGCUGUUCAGCAUCGAACACAACAACCUGCUCUUCCUGUGCCCCACCACGUCCGAGAUCGAGCCCCUGCUUGUAUUAGAGUUUCUCCACCGCGUGGUGGACGUGCUGGAGGACUUCCUGGGCAGCCCGCUGCUGGAGGGGAAGAUUGAGGCCAACUAUGAUGUGGUUGCCCAGCUGCUCAAUGAGAUGUGUGAUGAUGGAAUCCCGUUUACGACGGAGCCGAAUGCGCUGAGGGAUGUGGUGCUGCCGCCAAGUGUGUUGGGCAAGUUGUUGAGUAAUGUUACGGGGCUGCCUAGCACCUCCCUCACCCCCACCCCCCCCACAACACCCUCCACAAUCCCCUGGCGCCGCUCCAACGUCCGCCACACCACAAACGAGCUCUACGUCGACCUCAUCGAACUCAUCACCGCCACCAUCGCGCCCUCCGGCCGCCCCCUCUCCGCGCGCUCCAACGGCACCAUCGCCAUGACCUGCAAGCUCACCGGCAUCCCCGACCUCCUCCUGACCCUCCAGACCCCCUCCGCCCCCCAGCGCCUCGGCUCCAGCCCCGCCUGCGGCCUGCAGUUCCCCGUCUUCCACCCCUGCGUGCGCCUCACGCGGUGGCGCGACCGCCCCGGUGAGCUGUCGUUCGUGCCGCCGGACGGAAAGUUUGUGCUCGCCUCGUAUGAGGUUGAUUUGCUACCGAAUGUGAUCCUGCCUGUGGCGGUCGAGAUCAGGAUCUUGGGUGCGGAGUUUGAGGUGAGGGUUAGUAAUCCUACGGUGGAGGAGGUCAGUGUUAAGGUGCCGUUGCCGCCAGCGGUGAAGACGCUGGUGGGCACGAGGUGCUCGAGGGGCGAGUUCCAUCAUGAGGGGAGAGAGCUGACGUGGAGGAUACCCAUGAAUGGUGGCUUCUCAAGCACGGGGGGGACGGUGACAUUGCGGAGUGGCGUGGUGGUCAAGAGCACAGGUGAGGAGGACGAGAGCGACGAUGAAGCUGUGGUUGCUCCUGAUGAGGGUGAGUAUAAAGAGGACUUGCCCCGGGACACUAAUGGCGGUGGUAGUAGAAAGAAGGACAAGACGGAGUCAAAGAAGAGAAGCGACAAGAGGAUGGCGAUGGCCAUGCCACGCUGCGCACUCGUCUCGUUCUCUGUCAAGGGAUGGCUGGCGAGCGGGGUGAAGGUCGAGAGCCUGAAGAUUGUUGGCGGAAAGGGCAUCAACGAGUCUACCAAGCCGUACAAGGGAGUCAAGUACCUGACAAAGGCAGCAGGCGUGGAGGUCAGGUGCUGA